AGUAUUUCUGCGGAAAUUGAAUUCGAGCGACCGCGGAUCAAUCAAUGAAAAUUCUGAAGACAGCUGUGUAACAUGUUCUGUGUCCAAUCAAUGUUCAAUGCAAUGAUGGCAGUGGUAUGGACCGUAUGGUACCAACUCAAGUAAGUAAUCCCUUUUGAUGAACUUGAGAGCGUCCGUCAUGAUACACUGUUUCAUCCUCAUCGUAGAAGAUGUACCUCCACCAUGGUACAUCAACACCAAAACCUGACAUUCAUCACGGAAAAAAAAUGCCAACUAGCUAGGGAAUAUAUAACAUGGUGGAACAACUGUGUUACUGGUUGACUUGGCUUGGUCAAAAAUACCAAUGGCUUCGCAAGACCUCAUCCCACAUGCUCAACUCACGAGCACGUUCGGGGUGCUGUUUAUCGGGGUUAUCCUCGCAGCAAUUCUCUUUGGUGUCACCAAUGUCCAAGCUUUCAUCUACUUUCAGACGCAUAGCCACUGUGAUACAGGGAUAACAUUUCACAAGCUGGUCGUCAUAUGCUUUUGGAUACUCGAUGCUCUGCAUCUGGCCCUGAUCGUCCAUUGCGUCCAUUUUUAUUUAGUGAUCAACUACGCGAACAUUAGUGCGCUCUCAGAAAUCGUAUGGAGUGCCAAACUUCAGGCGGUAGUCGCUGCUUCCAGCAUCUUUGCGGCGCAUCUUCUAUAUGUUCAUCGCAUAUGGACAGUUAGCAAGGGCCGGUCAAAAGUUCUGGCGAUCAUAGUGGGCAUCGCCGUCGUCCUAACUUUAGGUUACCUGGUAAUGCUCUUCGCUCAAUCUCUGAGAAUUUUUUUAGGUCUUACCAUCGUCAUUUUUUGGUUCAUGUAUCUGAAUGUCCACGCAACUGCCGAUUUGGUCAAAAUGGAAUGGGCAAUAUACGUUUAUCUGGGCCCUGCUGCCUUUGUCGAUAUCCUCAUCGCAUCAUCAUUGUACUAUCUCCUCGCUACGUCCCGUACUGGGUUCCCAAGAACGGAUUUAUUUAUAUCAAAGCUCAUGGUUUAUAUCAUCAAUACAGGCUGUCUGACGAGUAUGUGUUCAAUGGCAGCUAUCAUUACGUGUGCAGUGAUAUCGAAGAACUUCGUAUUUGAAGCUGUCGAAUUUUUAAUGUUUAAACUAUAUGUUAACUCGUUCAUCGUACUUAUGAACGCGGGAUACUACGCGCAGCCCAACGUAGAUGCAAUGCAUUCUUGCGAAUGCAGUGUGCGCUAUGACAUCUACCGCCCGAGAUUGCGCGUUGGAAUGUCGCAGGACGAGGAACAGGCAUCUCAGAAGAGCAUGUUCAAUCGUCCAGAUGAAGUAUUGCAUAUCACUCGACCUGUUCAGGCUGUCAUGCCGCGGCGGCCGAUUGAGGUGACGACGGAAAUGAAUUUCUCUCUCUUCAGCAUGAUGAAUCGAUUGCGUGGACCAAUGAUUGUUUCCAUAUCUUGCGAGAUGAAUGGGGCCGGCUAAUGACUCGAACUUCUUGGUAGUGUGCUACUCAACAUACGGCUGUGGAGAGGCAUCACUCCACUCCCAUCCUUGCCGCGACUAUUUCUUGGUGCGCCCAAUCAACGUUGGCGUGAUCAACUUUACUAAGUAGGCUAGUCUAUCAAAUCUGUACAAUGAUAUCUCCAUGCCGCGCGGGCGCUGUAACCUUAUAAAUCAUUGUAUUUGAAUUGAUGAGGUCGGACCUCAAACACAC